UUGGGGGAGGGGUUCAGGCCUGUCCACCUCAGCGGCUGCGGCAGCAACAGCGCCGGCCGCCACCGCCUCUGGAACGCGGAGGAGGAGGAGCGGCUGGAGGAGUAGGAGGAGGAGGUGGACCCUAGGGUACGGCAUGCCCAGCGUUCCGGCUUGGUAGUGAAUGCUGAGGAGAGUUGCGGUUGCUGCAGUCUGUGCCACCGGGAGGAAGUUGUGUGAGGCCGGGCGGGAGCUCGCGGCGCUUUGGAGAAUAGAAGCGCGGGGUCGGUGUGAAGACUCGGCGGCUGCUAGACGCUUUCCUACACUGACCAUGCCUGGAAGGAACAAGGCGAAGUCCACCUGCAGCUGCCCUGACCUGCAGCCCAAUGGACAAGACUUGGGCGAGAGCGGCCGGGUUGCCCGUCUCGGAGCCGAUGAAUCUGAGGAGGAGGGACGGAGGGGGCCUGUCAGUAAUGCCGGAGACCCUGAGAUCAUUAAGUCUCCCAGCGACCCCAAGCAAUACCGGUACAUCAAAUUACGAAAUGGCUUGCAGGCACUUUUGAUUUCAGACCUAAGUAAUAUGGAAGGUAAAAUGGGUGAUGCAACAGAUGAUGAAGAGGAAGAUGAGGAGGAAGAAGAGGAAGAAGAUGAUGAUGAUGAUGAUGACGACGAUGAUGAUGAAGAUUCUGGAGCAGAAAUAGAAGAUGAUGAUGAAGAAGGUUUUGAUGAUGAAGAUGAGUUUGAUGAUGAUGAUGAUGAACAUGAUGAUGAUCUCGACGCUGAGGAUAAUGAGUUGGAAGAAUUAGAAGAGAGGGCAGAAGCUAGAAAGAAAACCACUGAAAAACAGCAAUUGCAGAGCCUGUUUUUGCUGUGGUCAAAGCUGACUGAUAAACUGUGGUUUAAGUCAACUUAUACAAAAAUGUCUUCAACCCUGCUGUUCAAGACAAGAAAUCUUAAUGGGGUAGUUGGAGCUGAAAGCAGGUCUGCACCUGUUCAGCAUUUUGCAGGAUGGCAAGAGGAGGAGCAGCAGGGUGAAACUGACACAGUUCUGUCUGCAGCGGCUCUUUGUGUUGGAGUUGGGAGUUUUGCUGAUCCAGAUGACCUGCCCGGGCUGGCACACUUUUUGGAACACAUGGUAUUCAUGGGUAGCUUGAAAUAUCCAGAUGAGAAUGGAUUUGAUGCCUUCCUGAAGAAACAUGGGGGCAGUGAUAAUGCUUCAACUGAUUGUGAACGCACAGUCUUUCAGUUUGAUGUCCAGAGGAAGUCCUUCAAAGAAGCCCUGGAUAGAUGGGCCCAGUUUUUCAUUCAUCCGCUAAUGAUCAGAGAUGCAAUUGACCGAGAAGUUGAAGCUGUUGAUAGUGAAUAUCAGCUUGCAAGACCCUCUGACGCAAACAGAAAGGAAAUGUUGUUUGGAAGCCUUGCUAGACCUGGACAUCCUAUGGGGAAAUUUUUUUGGGGAAAUGCUGAAACUCUCAAACAUGAGCCCAAAAGAAACAAUACUGAUACACAUGCUAGAUUGAGAGAAUUCUGGAUUCGUUACUAUUCUGCUCAUUACAUGACUUUAGUGGUUCAGUCCAAAGAAACUCUGGAUACUUUGGAAAAGUGGGUGACUGAAAUCUUCUCUCAGAUACCAAACAAUGGGUUACCCAAACCAAACUUUGGCCAUUUAACGGAUCCAUUUGACACACCAGCAUUUAACAAACUUUAUAGAGUUGUUCCAAUUAGAAAAAUCCAUGCUCUGACCAUCACGUGGGCACUUCCCCCUCAACAGCAGCAUUACAGGGUGAAACCGCUUCAUUAUAUCUCUUGGCUGGUUGGACAUGAAGGCAAAGGCAGCAUUCUUUCUUACCUUAGAAAAAAGUGCUGGGCUCUUGCACUCUUUGGUGGAAAUGGUGAGACAGGAUUCGAGCAAAAUUCUACUUACUCGGUGUUCAGCAUUUCUAUUACAUUGACUGAUGAGGGUUAUGAACAUUUCUAUGAGGUUGCUCAUACUGUCUUCCAGUAUUUAAAAAUGCUGCAAAAGCUUGGCCCAGAGAAAAGAAUUUUUGAAGAGAUUCAGAAAAUUGAAGAUAAUGAAUUUCAUUACCAAGAACAGACAGAUCCAGUUGAGUAUGUGGAAAACAUGUGUGAAAACAUGCAGCUGUACCCACUACAGGACUUUCUCACUGGAGAUCAGCUUCUUUUUGAAUACAAGCCAGAAGUCAUUGCUGAAGCCCUUAAUCAGCUAGUUCCUCAAAAGGCAAAUCUUGUUCUACUGUCUGGUGCUAAUGAGGGAAAAUGUGACCUCAAGGAGAAAUGGUUUGGGACUCAGUAUAGUAUGGAAGAUAUUGAAAACUCUUGGGCUGAACUAUGGAAGAGUGAUUUUGAAUUGAAUCCAGAUCUUCAUCUUCCAGCUGAAAACAAGUACAUAGCCACGGAUUUCAUGUUGAAGGCUUUUGAUUGUCCAGAGACAGAAUACCCUGUUAAAAUUGUGAAUACUCCACAAGGUUGCCUGUGGUAUAAGAAAGACAACAAAUUCAAAAUCCCCAAAGCAUAUAUACGUUUCCAUCUGAUCUCACCUUUGAUACAGAAGUCUGCAGCAAAUGUGGUCCUCUUUGAUAUCUUUGUCAAUAUCCUUACCCAUAACCUUGCGGAACCAGCUUAUGAAGCAGAUGUGGCACAGCUGGAGUAUAAGCUGGUCGCUGGAGAACAUGGUUUAAUUAUUCGAGUGAAGGGAUUCAACCACAAACUACCUCUACUGUUUCAGCUUAUUAUUGACUACUUAGCGGAGUUCAGUUCCACACCAGCUGUGUUUACAAUGAUAACUGAGCAAUUGAAGAAGACCUACUUUAACAUCCUCAUCAAGCCUGAAACUCUGGCCAAAGACGUUCGGCUUUUAAUCCUGGAGUAUUCCCGUUGGUCUAUGAUUGAUAAGUAUCGCGCUUUGAUGGAUGGCCUAUCCCUUGAGUCUCUGCUGAGCUUCGUCAGAGAAUUCAAAGCCCAGCUCUUUGUUGAGGGCCUGGUACAAGGAAAUGUCACCAGCACAGAAUCUACAGAUUUCCUGAAAUAUGUUGUUGACAAGUUGAGCUUCAUGCCUCUGGAGCAGGAGAUGCCUGUGCAGUUCCAGGUGGUGGAGCUACCCAGUGGCCACCACCUGUGCAAAGUGAGAGCUCUGAACAGGGGUGAUGCCAACUCUGAAGUCACUGUAUAUUACCAGUCAGGUGCCAGGAGUCUGAAAGAAUACACUCUUAUGGAGCUGCUUGUGAUGCAUAUGGAAGAGCCUUGUUUUGACUUCCUUCGAACCAAGCAGACCCUUGGGUACCAUGUCUACCCUACCUGUAGGAACACGUCUGGGAUUCUAGGCUUCUCUGUCACCGUGGGGACUCAGGCAACCAAAUACAACUCUGAAGUUGUUGAUAAGAAGAUAGAAGAGUUUCUUUCAAGUUUUGAGGAGAAGAUCGAGAACCUCACUGAGGAUGCAUUCAACACCCAGGUCACAGCUCUGAUCAAGCUGAAGGAGUGCGAGGACACCUACCUUGGGGAGGAGGUGGACAGGAACUGGAACGAAGUGGUGACCCGGCAGUAUCUCUUUGACCGCCUUGCCCAUGAGAUUGAAGCACUGAAGUCAUUCUCAAAAUCAGACCUAGUCAACUGGUUCAAGGCCCACAGAGGACCAGGAAGUAAAAUGCUCAGUGUUCAUGUUGUUGGAUUUGGGAAGUACGAGCUGGAAGAGGAUGGUACCCCUUCUGGUGAGGAUUCAAACUCUUCUUGUGACGUGAUGCAGCUAACUUACCUGCCAGCUUCUCCUCUGCUGGUAGACUGUACCAUCCCCAUUAUUGAUAUCAGGGGUUUCACAUCAAGACUUAACCUUCUCCCCUACCAUAAAAUAGUCAAAUAAACUGCAGUCUCGUUGGCCUGAAGCACUGUGCAUUUAAGUGUUUGAAUUUUAUGAAGUUACACUACUACUGCCUUAGGGCUUCCAUUGAAUUUUUGCACUGGCAUCAUAGAAUUUGAUUUACUACCCUCCCCUUCCGUUGUGACUAACAGACCAAGGGUUACUAUAGCAGCUGCAGAGAUAAAUGAGCAGGGUGGGCCAAGUGUAACCAAAAAGCUUGCGGGAGCAGUCUUGAGAUGCCCUGGCCUGUCCUGGUCUUCUCAGAUUGAGAAUCCAGUUCUGUAUGACUGCCUUGAGAAGCCCUAUGUAACUAGUGUCUUCUUAGUACCUAAAUGCCAGGUGCUAAUACCUGUGUUGUUGUUUUUAAUGUAUUUAAAAAUAAAGAUUAAUUCUGUAUUGCCCUUCAGAAUGAGCCAUUUGCUGCUGUGACAUUCCUUUUAUUAUAUUUUAUUUCAAUGUGGGGUGGAGAUCUAAAAAUAAACGUUCUUCCCAAAUUCUCUAAGGCAAUAAAAUAUUUUUG